AUGUCCGCGUUGCGUCUCGCGAGUAGCCUCGCCACUGCUGGCAACAUUCGCGGCGAGUUUGUCGCGAAUCGAGUCAGCAGCUUUACAGGCAGAGUUGGCGAUCCAUUCUCCGUAACCGAUCCAGCGAAGCUUUUCGCCCGGAAUGUUACUCAGCGAGCAUCGCGAAGCGUUGGCGAGAAGCCGUCCUCCGCCGUCCGCUCUUCUCGCAAUUUGAAAUGUGUCGCCCAUGCGAACAUUGUGACGACCCCUGCGAUGGAGACGGCCACGACAGUGGAUCCGACGUCGCCCGACUUCUGCGGCGAGGACGGAACAGUGCUCGUGCGACCGCUAGCGGACAUCCAGGCUGGCGACAGGAAGGGAAAGAAGUUCCACGUGCACACCUUCGGAUGCCAGAUGAACAUGGCGGACAGCGAGCGCAUGGCGGGCGUGCUGGAGGCGAUGGGGUACGAGGCGACGGAGGACCCGGAUCAAGCGGCCGUGCUGGUCUACAACACGUGCAGCAUCCGCGACAAGUCCGAGCAGAAGGUUUACUCCGCGCUGGGGCGGCAGCGCGAGCGGAGGAGGCGGGAUCCGAGCAUGCGCGUGGUGGUGGCGGGGUGCGUGGCGCAGCAGGAGGGGCACGCGCUGCUGCGACGCGUGCCUGAGGUUGACAUUGUGAUGGGGCCGCAGCACGCCAACAGACUGCAUGAACUGCUGGAACAGGUGGAUCUGGGGGCUCAGGUGGUUGCAACAGAGCCGAUCCACAUUGUCGAAGACAUCGCCACACCCAGGAGGGAGUCCACGAUCACAGCAUGGGUCAACGUCAUAUAUGGGUGCAACGAGAGGUGCACGUACUGUGUGGUGCCGGGAGUAAGAGGCACGGAGCAGUCACGAGAGCCAGAGGCCAUUCGGCAGGAGAUGCAGCGACUGGCAGCAGCGGGGUACAAGGAGGUGACGCUGCUGGGGCAGAACAUUGAUGCGUACGGGCGCGACCUGGGGGGGUCGGCGGAGGACGGGUCUGGCAGAAGGAGGUGGACGCUCACUGACCUGCUUCACUACGUGCACGGUGUGGAUGGCAUCGAGAGGAUUCGCUUCGCCACGUCGCAUCCACGCUACUUCACGGAGAGGCUGAUCAGGGCAUGCGCAGAGCUGCCCAAAGUUUGCAAGUUCUUCCACAUCCCGUUCCAAUCCGGCGACAACGACAUUCUCAAGGCCAUGGCGCGGGGCUACACGAGGGAGCGCUAUCUAGACAUCCUCGCUACCAUUCGCCGCUACAUGCCGCAUGCUGCCAUCAGCGCUGAUGUCAUCGUCGGCUUCCCUGGGGAGACGGAGGAGCAAUUCCAAAACACUCUGCGGGUACUGGAAGAGGUCCGUUUUGACCAGGUCAACACAGCGGCCUACUCACCUCGCCCCAACACACCAGCAGCUGACUGGCCCAACCAGGUACCUUGCUCAUCCUCCACCCCACCUCUUUCUCCCAACCCUCUCUUCUUUCGUUUAUAG